AUGGCUUUCCAAUCGCCUCGCCAUUCUCAGGGCUUCUAUCAACAUGACGACUCUACCCCUCCACCUCCCCCACCUAAGCCUGGAAACUCAAGUGGCACGGCAACACCAUCAGCAGGUCGGCCGCUGCCACCGCCGCCCGGGCAAGCGCAGUCUUACAAUAGCUCUCAACUAGCACAUUCGCAAAAUGAACCGCAGGCCGAUCCAUAUCAGCUAGCCGUUCAACCACCCAAUGACGCUUGGCUGCCUGAAUUCAUCAGAGAUAAAGCAACGAAAGAUCUGCAUGAAAUCUUGCAGAGCCCGGAGUUGCAACAUGCAAUCGUCCAUAACCCUGAAACGGCUCAUGCGUCUCUCGGUGCAUCAACUGUACCACUGCAAGCACUUCUCGCUCAGAACGUCCAGCUUGCAGAAUCACUGAAGCAGCUCGAAGCGCAUGUACAGCACCAGCGCGACGGUACACAGUCACGCUUACUAGCACUUCGGGCCACGGAACGCCAGUGGAAAGCAAAACAGGCAGAGCAGGACGAAGCUUUGCGGGAGUUCAGUCCACCAGCACUCUACCAGCGAUUAAGUGCUGCAGUUGGUGAGCAAGAGGCUCUUUGUCGGGGGUUAGAGGAAAGCUUCCUGGAAGGCGAGGGUGUAGGUCAUGAUGCGAUUGCCAGUGAACGUGAGGUGAUGGAUUUCGUGAGGCGCAUAAGAGAAGGGCGAAAGAUUGCUUAUCUUAGGGCUGAGCGGAAAGAGAGGUGGGAUGAAGGUCGCGUUGGUGGAUGGCGCUGA